CGGGUUCAGUAGCUCACACUUGGACGCAGCACCCGAGAUGAGGAUGGUUUCGCCACCAAUAAGCCCCCAUUACAGCGCGCAGCCUCAACCCACGCCUGUGCUCACAUACCCAGAUGGACGCCGUCCGCGCGUCCUCCACCGUAACGGCGCGCCUGCUGGUGGCUGUUGCGAUCCUUAUUGCUGCGAUCGUUGCUGCGAGGAAUGGUGUGACAACUGUUGUGAUACGUUUUGCUAUCGUUGCUGCUGGUGCGUUGCCCCUUGUACAAAACCAGUGACGUUGGCUGACGAGCCGUAAAGUAACCGUGGUUGUUGCUACUGAUGGUACACCAUUUUGCGUGUCUCUUCUCCAACGUCAGAUAAAGCAAAGCAUUACUUGUACAUGGUAUUAAUGAUGAAGUGUCUUGCAGUCAUUCUCGAGACCGACCUCAAAAUAUCGCUGUACCUCGUCUUAAUACGCGUUGUCGCUCUCAGGAUGGGACGAAUACAGUGCGAGCCGCCAUUCGUUGA